CUCCGAGCACGCGCGCGGGGUUGGUUCUCCAACUGCCGCUCCCGGGCAAGAGGGCGGCUUCCCGGGAAGCCGGCCGCCGCCGCCGCCGGGACUCGGAAGUGCCGAGAGGGUUGUUGGGGACUCGUGGCGCGCGUGAACACGGCGGUCGCUGCCCGGGACAGCCCGGAGAAACUCUCAGUGUGUCUGCCUGUACCCUUCUUCACAAGGAACAAUGCUGCCCCGAUGGGAACUGUCUUUUUACCUGUUGGCUUCACUAGGCUUCCACUUAUAUUCUUUCUAUGAAGUUUACAAAGCUUCCAGAGAACAUGAAGAGGAGCUGGACCGGCAGUUUGCCCUGGAGAUUGGCACUUUAUUUGGAGGAUUAAAGAAGGACCCGACCGACUUUGAGUGGAGCUUCUGGAUGGAAUGGGGAAAACAGCGGCUGCUGCGGUUUCUGUUUGGCCACGUGGUUGUGUCUCAGCUGGCCAAUGUGCUUGCAAGGAAGCACAGACCCUGGAUCCUGGGGGCUUAUGGAAUAUGGGCCUCCUGGUGUGUGCUGGGGGCCCAUGGCACGGCCAUUAUUUUUCUCCACACCCUCAUCUCCUUCUGUGUAGCCCAGUUCCGGUCGCUGGUCCUCACAUGGCUCUGUUCUCUCCUCCUGCUCUCCACACUGAGGCUGCAAGAUGUGGAGGAAGUUAAGAGAGGCUGGUACCAGACAGAAAAUGAGUACUACUUGCUGCAGUUCACGCUGACCGUGCGCUGUCUGUAUUAUACCAGCUUCAGCCUGGAGCUCUGUUGGCAGGAGGUGCCCUGCGGGAGCAGCUUCUACUCCUUUCCCUGGCUGGUGGCCUAUGUCUUCUACUACCCCGUCUUCCACAACGGGCCCAUCCUCAGCUUCCCGGAGUUCAUCGCCAAGAUGCAGCAGCAAGAGUACUGCUCGCUGAAGUCCAACCUUUCCGCCUUUGCCGUGGGGCUGGGUCGCCUCCUCUGCUAUUGGUGGCUGGCCGAGCUGAUGGUUCACCUCAUGUACAUGCACGCCAUCUACAGCAGUGCCUCCCUCUUGAGGGCUGUCUCUUGUUGGACCUUAGGAGGACUGGCGUUGGCCCAUGUGCUCUUCUUCUAUCUGAAGUACUUGGUGCUCUUCGGUGUCCCAGCUCUGCUCAUGCGCCUGGAUGGACUCACGCCGCCACCCCUCCCUCGCUGUGUGAGCACCAUGUUCAGUUUCACGGGGAUGUGGAGGUAUUUUGAUGUUGGACUGCAUGAUUUCUUAAUCAGGUAUGUGUACAUUCCAGUAGGCGGGUCCCAGCACGGCCUCCUGGGGACACUGUUUUCCACCGCAGUGACGUUUGCCUUUGUGAGCUUCUGGCAUGGUGGCUAUGACUAUCUCUGGUGCUGGGCGGCCCUCAACUGGCUGGGAGUCACCGUGGAGAAUGCAGUCCAGAGGCUUGUACAGACCCCGUGUGUCCGGCACAGCGUGGUCCAGUUCCUCUCCCCACAAGCCCGCCGUCGAUUUCACGCCGCCCUUGCGUCUUGUUCCACCUCCAUGCUGAUCCUGUCCAACCUGGUGUUUCUUGGGGGCAGCCAAGUGGGAAAAAUCUACUGGAACAGGAUCUUCGUACAAGGCUGGCCAUAUGUGACCCUCUCUGUUCUGGGAUUCCUCUACUGCUACUCCCAUGUGGGCAUUGCCUGGGCCCAGACAUACUCAGUGGACUAAUGCCGCCCAGCUGGUGCCAGCCCUUCCUGCUGGCCUCCAAGGCAAUGGUGCUUCACCCUGACCUCAUACGCCAAGAUAACCUCCAAGGAACCAGUGCGUCAUCUGCUCAUCUUUUGUUGGAGUUAUCUCCCUCCAAAACUGGAAGUUUGAGCUCUCAUAGAAAAUUGACAACCAGUGAGGCUUCUAACUUUGGGAACCAAAGCUCCCCCAGCCCCAUUACUUUCCUGUUGAGUAAGCAGGGCCCCAGAGCAGUAUUGUCUUGCCUGCUGCACAUGGUAACCUUGUGGUCUAGAACCCGGUCCCAGGGCCCUUCAGGUUCUUUCUACUUUACCAAGAAUUAAAUGCAGUAGAUAUUUCUGAAAUAUUUUGCUAAUAUUUAAGUGAUUUCUUUCCCAUGUCCUGCAGUGUGGUCUCUAGAACCAGCACUGGGGUCUGAGCUUCACCCUGGCAGGGAGGAGACAAAGCCACAGUUAAGUUUCUCAUUGUCCAGUCAGGGAAGAUACAGCAUGUCCUAUCGUGUUCCAGGAGGCCGGUACCUAAGGAGAUCUGUUAUUGGAACACUGUCGCAGUGAUCGACAUUUGGAUGCUUGGUUCCCUAGAUUUGCAGAGUAUAAACAUGGCAGUUCCUCUACCGGACAGUUAAUCUUCAUUUCCCGACAAAGAAGAAUUAAGGAACCAUGAGCUCGUGCACCCACAGACGGGUGCUACCAGGCAAGUGACAAAGGGUAAGGAUGGUUUCCUAUGGUCCUUUUUCCUCUCUUCAUGAGUAAGCCCCAGCAGUCAUCUUCCCGCUCAGUGGAUUACACUCUGGUUUACAUUGUUUUAUUUUGUUACAAAUAAAAUGGAGCCUUUUCUGUCAUACUGAUAAU